CUAAAGGAACAAGGCCCUCUUGAGUCAAUUGCCUAGAGGGACGUAUCCUUCUCUAGAACAACCGAUCAAGGCGUUCUGAACUAGAUUCCCUCUAUCGAAUGAGGUUCUCAAUCGAUACAAAGCAGUGAACCAACCCUCGACUAAAGCAAUCGAUCCACUACUAUCAAUCUAUGGUGCUCUAUUGACCUAAUCAGGUAUUCCCUCUCAUAGGAUCAAAGCAGAAUCAAUAAUCUCGACUAAAGCAGAAUUGAAUCAUGAAAACAUGCAUAGAUUGAAUAUGAACUCAAGAUUAUCAAGUCAGAGUACUCAUACAAUCAUCCAAUCAAACAAACAUAGCUAGGGUUCCUCAAAACCUAAGUGAAGGGAAGUUACUCCAUAGAGAAGAGAGAGACUGCAGUAAGAAUCUUCAGAUGAUCAGUCUUCAAGUCCGGGCUUGUUCCUCGAGCUUCCAAGGCGAAGAAAUCCUCCUUCUCUACUCCAAGAAUGCCCUCAAAUCGCCCUCUCUCUCUAGGGUUCGUCCCUUGGGUGUUUGGGAUCCAAAACCCAGCUCUCCUCUUCUUUGGUUCGGAAUUUGGCUUAAAACCAGGAAAUCCCGACUCGCACGGCCAGGGUGCACGGCCGUGCAUAUCACCAUUCUGGCCGUGCAACUCAAAACGCAGCGUGUCAUUUAGUCGAACUUCAGCCCUCUCGCACGGCCAGGGUGCACGGCCGUGCGAGCUUCAGGGGUUGCCCGUGCGUGUCCUCGGCAUAAGGCGCACGGCCAUAUUGCUCACGUGCACGGCCGUGCAGCCUCCCUGGUCUGCCCGUGCAGCUUGCUCAGCCUCUGUUUAAUGCUUCGUUUCUCCCUCGUCCGGACUCCGAAUCAAUCGCCGUUUGAUCCCAGACGCUCGUAGUCUCGUCCUCUUUCGUUUCAUAACAAGCUUGCAUGAUUCUUUGUCCAUAAAGUGAGGUAGAAAUCCAUUCUUCUUCAGGUCAUGCCCGAGUUUCUUCUCUCGAAUCGUCAAUUGAUCUCUGAUUGACUUGAAACUUGCGCCUAUGCUUCACUUUAUGUGCUAGGACCUGAAAUGGGACAAAGGAAUACAACCUAGCAUAAAAUAGGCCAAAGACGCAAUAAUUCAAGCUCAGACAAUCAAGAAACAAAGGGGAAAACAUGUGCAAAUACCGAGUCAUCAGUCUCAGACCGAAUCCGUGAUUUGUAGCCUUCAAAAUCCAAAGAAAAUGGCAUUUCGACGCCCACAAAAUUACGAAAAUGCCAUCCGAAAAUAACUUGACCCAAAUCGGUGUUUAAUGGAUUUAUCAUCCGUGGAGAAUAGGAUCAAUAGACUUCAUUAUCGGUGGAGAAUAGCCUCGGCCUGAUUUCAGGAUCUGUAGCCUCCAGAAUCGAAAGAAAAUGGCAUUUCGGAAAAAUCGCCCAAAAUCGGUGAUGGUACCCCUUUGCAAUAUGCCAAAAAUUUACCCGGAAUAAAUCCGCCCAAAUCGGUGAUUAAUGGACUUAGUCAUCGUUGAAGAAUAGUCUCGGGCAGAAUCUGUGAUCUGUAGCCUUCAAAAUCCAAUAAAAAUGGCCUUUCGACGCCCACAAAAUUACGAAAAUGCCAUCCGAAAAUAAAUUGGCCCAAAUCAGUGUUUAAUGGACUUAUCAUCCGUGGAGAAUAAGAUCAAUAGACUUCAUUAUCGGUGGAGAAUAGCCUCGGCCUGAUUUCACGAUCUGUAGCCUCCAGAAUCGAAAGAAAAUGGCAUUUCGGAAAAAUCGCCCAAAAUCGGUGAUGGUACCCCUUUGCAAUAUGCCAAAAAUUGACCCGGAGAAAAUCCGCCCAAAUCGGUGCCUAAUGGACUUAGUCCCGAAUCCGUGAUCUGUAGCCUUCAAAAUCCAAAGAAAAUGGCAUUUCGACGCCCACAAAAUUACGAAAAUGCCAUCCGAAAAUAAAUUGGCCCAAAUCGGUGUUUAAUGGACUUACUAUACGUGAAGAAUAGGAUCAAUAGACUUCAUUAUCGGUGGAGAAUAGCCUCGGCCUGAUUUUAUGAUCUGUAGCCUCCAGAAUCGAAAGAAAAUGGCAUUUCGGAAAAAUCGCCUACAAUCGGUGAUGGUACCCCUUUGCAAUCUGCCAAAAAUUGACCCGGAAUAAAUCCGCCCAAAUUGGUGCUUCAUGGACUUAGUCAUCGUUGAAGAAUAGUCUCAGGCCGAAUCCGUGAUCUGUAGCGUUCAAAAUCCAAAGAAAAUUGUAUUUCUACGCACACAAAAUUACGAAAAUACCAUCCGAAAAUAAAUUGGCCCAAUCCGGUGUUUAAUGGACUUAUCAUCCGUGGAGAAUAGGAUCAAUAGAAUUCAUUAUCGGUGGAGAAUAGCCUCGGCCUGAUUUCGUGAUCUGUAGCCUCCAGAAUCGAAAGAAAAUGGCAUUUCGGAAAAAUCGCCCAAAAUCGGUGAUGGUACCCCUUUGCAAUCUGCCAAAAAUUGACCCGGAAUAAAUCCGCCCAAAUCGGUGCUUAAUGGACUUAGUCAUCAUUGAAGAAUAGUCUCAGGCCGAAUCCAGGAUAUGUAGCCUUCAAAAUCCAAAGAAAAUGGCAUUUCGACGCCCACAAAAUUACGAAAAUGCCAUCCGAAAUUAAAUUGGCCCAAAUCGGUGUUUAAUGGACUUAUCAUCCGUGCAGAAUAGGAUCAAUAGACUUCAUUAUGGGUGGAGAAUAGCCUCGGCCUGAUUUCGUGAUCUUUAGCCUCCGGAAUAAAAAGAAAAUUGCAUU